AUGGCCUUUCCUUUGAGUACCAAAAAACGAACAGAACAUAUUAAUUUUGGCAAAGCUUUGGAUGGAUUGCCUGCUGACAUUCGCAAAAUAUCACAUGAAGUUACUCGAAGGCGACAAGGUAUCGAAGAGGCAUUGAAUCAUAUCGAUGAUUCUUCAGAAACAAUUAUAAACUAUCUUCAGGAGUAUUUAGCAGUGAGAGAUACACUAGARAKSAUCAAGAAAAAGGCAAAGAGUAGCUCMCGAAUGAGAUUUAAAUGGACAAACUUUCUAAGUGAAGAAAAAAUAACAUCAGAAGAGGUAGAAUUUGACAUGGCAUCCAUGCUUGUAGCAUCUGGUCUGUGGCAUAUGUUACAUGCCAAUGAAUGCAAUCAAGGAGAUCAAGAAGAUGAGAGCAAAAUGAAGGAGGCUCUGAACUCUCUGAAAACCGCAGCAGGUAUAUUUGAAUGUCUUGCGUCAYUUGGUCAUGUUUCAAGAGGAAACAGAGAUAUUGAAACUUCAACUAUAAGAGCGCUGCACUUACAGUGUUUAGCAGAAGCUCAGUGUGUGACUAUCAGAAGAGCCAUGAGUAAAGGCCAUAAAGCGUCAUUAAUUAGCGAACUGUGUGCUGAUGUUGCCGAAAAGUACUCUUCAGCUGCAAAGCAACCAGAUGAUUCCCAUCAUUUAGACCAUAAGUGGGCAACAUAUCUUAAAUUUCAAGGUGAAACAUACUUGGCUCUGAUGAGAUGUUACCAAGGAGUGCACCUUCUUGAAACAGAGGAACAAUGUGGUGAUUCCAUUUCUGUUUUGACAGAAAGUGAAAAACACAUCCAACAAGCAUUGUCUCAUUCAAAAGUGAGUGGAAAAAGUUUUUUUUUCUUACAAAAGUGUGUGAUUUAG